CAACUUUAAACAGGCAGGACUGGCAUGAAUCGUUGGAUGAAUACUGAUUACGAUUCAGAGCAAGCAAAAGUAGCUGUACCCCUUCACAGCAAUGUAUAUAUCUAAGCAAGCUUCCUUGGGUACCAAGCGGCGGAGAAGGAGCUGGAUAUACAGAGAAAUGGAACCAGCGGCGAAGGGAAUACAAAUGACAAGGAGAUCUGAUACUGACAGCACUGUUAGUUAAACCUUUAGCCUGAGGAUUGUUUAACUGUUAGGAUCGCAUGUUUUUCCUUUCCUCUGAUCUAAUGCAUGCGUCGAGCACCAGCCACCAGCUUGUGGUUUGUGGGCGUGGGGAUGGACACGAUGCACGGAUAGCCGCUUGGAAGCGAUCUGCAAUAAAAUAGCAAUACACACAACAGAACUCAAGUGUGACAGUGGUGUCACUGCCGAUGCUGCUGGUGUCGCUGCCGGCCGCAGACCUGUACGAGCAGGAGAGCCGCCGGAUGUUCGUGGAGUGGAAGGCCAAGAACAGGAAGACCUAUACAUACGCCGGCGAAGAGGACUGCCGGUACGCGGUGUUCAAGGAGAGUCGCCGCCGCGUCGCCUGGUCCGUCGGGGCUUCAUCUGGCCUCAACGGUUUCAGCGCCACCACCGUUGAGGAGUUCAACCGCAGCUACCUCCGCGGGCACGGGGUCCGAACGGGGGAGGAAUCGUACGAGCAGGAGACCCGCUGGAUGUUCGUGGGGUGGAAGGCCAAGUACGGCAAGACCUACAGAGACGUCGGUGAGGAGAAGUGCCGGUACAGGUUGUUCAUGAGCAACCGCCGCGUCGUCGUCCGGCUCAACGCCGCCGCUCGGCAAGACGUGUACAGCCUCAACCAACUCGGCGACCUCACCAACGAGGAGGUCCAACAACGCUGCUACCCGGAGACGGAGGACCGAGAGCUGAGCGCAGGUGCCAAGCCGCCGUCCCCGACCCGGGCUGAUUUGGUACCUGGUUUGCUGGUGCAUUGCUACGGAACUGAAAAAAAUAGAGUAUGGAGGUAGGGCCAUUCCUGAAGAUGAAGCCCACAUGUGAAUCUGGACGUCACUUGUGUUUGUUCCCGGAGAAUUUUAGAAUAAAAUAUUGCUAAUGUAAUAUAGUAAAUUUGAGAUGAAAAUGUAUGCAUUUCCAACCUAUGAUAAAGAUUGUUUCUCAUGGGUGUUUUCAACUAUUUGCUAUGCCGGUCAUGGUUGAGGUCCGUUAUCCUCUUCAAAUUAAAAAACU